AUGGACAAAGCCAAGCUCUCCAUCGACACAACCCCUGAACAGUUGGUAGGACUGGUUUUCUCGGGAGGAGCUUCGCCAACUUUAACCAUUACAGAUAAAGAAUUGCCGCCUGAGGGCUCUAAGCACAACAAGCCGUUGUACAUCUCUGUUGAAUGCAAAGAGAAAUUGAUCUUAGUCUGCAAUCAAUAUGUGCCCGUGGCGAACGGCCUAUGCUAUCGGUUUAAAACCCGCAGACUUUGUUCCAACAGCCCAGAUUACACUUGUAUUCAUGUUGAAUUGCAGGAAACUGAGGAGAUGAUUGCAAAUGUUCUUGGGGUAGAAGUUUUUAGGCAGACAAUUGCUGGUAACAUUCUUGUGGGCAGCUAUUGUGCCUUCUCCAAUAAAGGUGGCCUGGUCCAUCCUCAUACAUCCAUUGAAGACUUGGAUGAACUUUCAACCCUCCUUCAGGUCCCUUUGGUGGCAGGGACUAUGAACCGUGGUAGUGAAGUGAUAGCCGCUGGCUUGACAAUUAAUGACUGGACAGCGUUCUGUGGAUCAAAUACUACAGCAACAGAAUUGUCAGUAAUUGAGAGUGUCUUCAAGUUGCGAGAAGCCCAACCUAGUGCCAUUGUUGAUGAGAUGAGGAAAUCAUUGAUUGACAGCUAUGUUUGAGUCAUUAGUUUGAUACAUCAACAAUGCGUUGGGCUCUUUUCUUGUAGUUGGAAGGUCUGAAGCACUUGCUCUUUGAAUUACUUUUCACCAUAAUUUUCUAUUUUUUCCUUGAGAAAUAAGCUAUAAAAUGUUGUCUUCUGGUAUAUAUCAGCAUAUGUUGUGCCCUAAUGAUAAGUUUGUCAUUGGUUUUGAAAUGGGUAUACUCGUCAUUUGUGCUCUUUGGUAAAGAGAUCUUGAACAUGUUCAUGUU